AAAGAUGUCUGCGCCCUGUGAAAUUUUUCGUGAAAGCAUGUUAAGAAAAUAAAAAGCUUAUUAUCUGUCUCAACGUAAAAUUAGUCGAUAUACGCAGAUAUCUGAACUUUGUCCAAGGCGAUACACCGUUUUCUCAGCAUGCUUUACGCAUUCACACGGUGAUCGAUAAACGCAAGGCGUAACAACAUCAUCGCACGGAAUCCAAUCGUCUCGGUCGCGCGGUCAAGGGUUGCCGAUCCCCGAACCCGAGGGUCGUUGCAAAAACUUCGCAAUUACAAUGCUGACGAGCGUGGGUCGGACCGCGCGGCUCGCGCCAUCGAUGCUGCGGCUGGCGUCGAGGCAGCAUCACGUCAUCGCCACGGCAGUCGCUAGAACUGUCGUCGCCGCGCCGGCGGAGACGUCGAAGAUCGAUCGCUGUCGUCGCCACGCGUUCUGCCACCGGGCGCCGCUGUCCACGAAGGCGGAGUCGCACCCGGAGAGUUCUGGGAGUCCGGAGUGCUCCAGGAUUCCAGAGAAUUCUGCAAAAGAGAGUUCCGGAACUCCAGAGAGAUCUGUGGUGGAGGAAAGUUCCGGGACAGAGGAUAAUUUUAGAGCGGAGAAGAAUUCUGGAAUUAAUCAGGAUUCCGAUACAGAAGGAAGUUCUGGAACGGAAGGGAAUUCCGGAACGGACGCGACCUUCGACACGGAGGGAGAGAGCACGCUGGACAUCUGUUCUCCGGACUUCUCCCACCUGUCUGAGGAGGAGAUGGUGCGGCUGCAGGUUGUGGAGAUGGAAUACGUGAUGUCGCUGCAGUCGGGUAAGCAGGUCCCGUCGUCUCUGUCCAACGUCCAUCGACUGGAGCUGCUGGCCCGCGAGAGCCGCUCCCAGCGCGCAAAGUACUUCAGGUACCUGUUCCUGACGAACAUCCGCAAGGCGAACGACGCUCGCAAGAAAGCCGAUCGCCGCGCCGUCCGCGAGAAGGUGCUACACGACCGCGACCCCGCCGCACGACCCCCGGCGACCUCCACCGACGGUGGCGCCCUCACCUACGGCCUCAACUUCAACACGAUCAACCUGUACGUCCGCGACUCGACCGUUCUGCGCCACGACAACUGGCGCCUCGCCCACGCGAUGAUCCACGGCCCGACCCUCGUCCUCGACCUCUCCUACGACUCCUGGAUGACCCCCGCCGAGCGCACGAACGCCGCCUGGCAGAUGAAGGACGCGCACGGACACAACAAGGUCGCGCGCUCGCCGUUCCACAUGCACGCGUGCAACGCGCGGCCCGGCGACGGCACGUACGCGGCGCUGCAGCGAUGCAUCGCAAACCUCGACGAGUCGGCGAUGAUCAGCGUCUCCGCGGAGAGCUACCUGGAUCUCUACGAUCGUCAGCGUCUGGUCUACCUGUCGCCGGACGCGCCCACGUACCUGGAGACGUGGGAUGAUGACGACGUGGUGGUCGUCGGGGCGAUGGUGGACAAGACGAACCCGAAGCCGCUGUCGAUGGCGAAGGCGAAGAAGGAGGGGAUACGGAUGGCGAAGCUUCCCGUAGAUAAAUACGUGAGGUGGGGCUUCGGCAACAAGAGCCUCACGCUCGACCAGGUGGCGCUGACGCUGCUGCGCUUCCGCGAGACCGGCGACUGGAGGAGGACUCUCACCGAGACGAUCCCAAAGAGGAAGCUGUGGAGCGGGGAGGACCCCAGGCAGACGCGGAGAGAAGCCGAGCUCAGGAGGCUGCGCGGAGGAGGAGGUCGCUACGGCAACCGGAGCCUGCGGAGGGACGACGAAGACGACGACGACGGGCUGUUGUGAGCUUCCUUUACGAACCUUUCUUUCCGAAGGUUUUACUUUUGUACGCGCGGAGAGAGACGCUAACGAACUAUUGUAAGGAGAAGGAGAAAACUACCAACUGUCCUCUAUUGUACCUUCAUCUACAGACAGUUUCGGUUCCGAGAGAGAAUGCUGAUCGGAUUACCCGCCCCCUCCUUCCCCGAUAGCAUCCGUUGCAUCAUCGCCGACCGAUUUAAGGGCGAACGCCCCGCCUAGUGAUGGGGGCGCCACCUGGUAGUAUUAGCACCCCCGCGUGUUAUGGGGUGGAGAGAAAUGUGACGGCAGUGGUCGGAAAGAAAGUCGCGGUGUUUGUGUGGUGAAGUGAAGGUGUGUUUGUCGUCAUAGCAACGUCUCCUGUAGAGACGACGCGUGCAUGUAGCAUUCACGUCAGAGAGAGACAGCGAGAGCGAGUCUCUCCUCUAUGUAAUUAAUUACUCUUUUCAUCGUUAAUUAUCGCCUGUAAUUAGUGUCGAUAAUUAGUUUCGAUAACAACCGAUAGUGCGUCGUUAUCAA